GGGCCAGAUCAAGCAUUGUCAAGAAGACUUUGGUCAUACUGCAGAAUGAAGACUGAAAAAUCUUUGCUUCAAAAGCCAUAGUAUGCAAUGGAGCUUGCCACAAGUCUACGGAAGCAAAGGAACAACCCAGUCAUCAAAAGAAGAACAAGGACAGGAUUUCAUGGAAGUCUUUUGAAUCAAAGCUGUGGGUUGGAGAGCAUUACGGAUCAUGUACCAAAGCUGACCCUGUUGUGUAAACUUCCACUUGGAAAAGGCGGAGACUGACGAAUAUCACUCAGACUCACGGGCAACAGAGUUGAGGACAAUCUGGAUUAUUAGAAUGGAGGAUUACAUGUCUGGAUAGAUUGUUUGGAACAAUGAUAUCUGGACAAAGCAGUUCAAAUAGAAAAUCAAAUCCAUCCCAUGUUAAUUGCCGAGUAUGUGGAGAAUGUAUCCAAUUUCCGCCCCUCUAUUCUUUUCGAACUCAGCGAUAGUGUACAAUUACUCGACAAUUAUCAGAAAUUGAUUUUUGGACUUAAAGAAAUGAAGCAGCCCUGUGUGAUACUGUGUGCUGUAUGGAUUUCCAAUAACACAGCGGAGUAACAACUGGACAACACGAGGUUUAAGCCAUCAGGUAUUCUCAACAAAGGCAAAGUAUGUCAGGACAGCUUUGACUUGGACAUGGCAUGUUUUGGAUUGUUAGCCGCAAUGUCACACUUAUAGGACAAGCAGUAAACUUUAUUUCUAAGAAAAAGCAGCAUAUUUCUCAGCUUUUCUACAGCAUAUGCUUUCUUCACGGACCAGGAGUUUGAUGAACAAGUCUUCUUUUAUUACAGACACAGUAGUUGCGAGUACCCCAACAAAGGAUGUGGAACAGAAAUGCAUUGACGCAUAGUCGUUUGAAGAAUGCUGACUGAAAAAAGUAUAGAAUUGCAAAUGGAGAGGGAAGCUUUUGUUAGUUGAUGUGGCUUGGGAAAUCAGAUGGUAAUUCUGCUCUUGGGAGUGUACCUACGCAAUGUUGGAUUACCGAACGAACGUGCAUUACGUCUGGAACUGUCCAAAUUGCCUGCUAAAUAGGGGACUGGCAGGAUAAAAAUGUGUGAACAGGAACAAUAUUGUCAUACUGACUAGUCGAGGCGGGAGAAAGUUGUUACUGUCCAGCAGAAAUGCUGAAAUGGCGGCCAAGUCAGACAACACAGGCUUACUUCCGCCAAGGUGUGGCUCUCCAGUGCAAGGGACAGCAUGCAGAGGCGCUGGCUGCGUUUGCGUCUGGCUUGGCUCAGGACCCCAAGAGCCUGCAGCUACGGGCAGGCAUGGUUGAAGCCGCCAUGAAGUCACCAAUCAGAGAAAAAUUGGAACCGACCUAUCGGCAGUUACAAAAGAUGAAGCUGGACAAGAGCCCGUUUGUUAUCAUCUCCGUGAUUGGUCAGGAGCUGCUGGCUGCAGGGUUCCACUCUGCAUCUCUGGUUGUCCUUGAGUGUGCUCUCAAGGUGGGGACGUGCAGCCUGAAGCUGAAAGGGUCAGUGUUCUCGGCCCUGUCCACAGCACACUGGUUACUGGGGAACACAGAGAAGGCCAUCGCUUACAUGCAGCAGGACCUAACUGUCGCCAAGUCACUCGGUGACCCCCAGGGAGAAUGCAGGGUGCAGGGUAACCUGGGGUCGGCCUACUACUCCAAGGGCUGCUACAAGGAGAGCCUGGCUCACCAUCGCAUGCAGCUGGUGCUGGCUAUGAAGGAGAAGGACAGAGAGGUUGCAGCCAAAGCUCUCAGCAGCCUGGGCCACGUCUACACCUCUGUCGGAGACUUCCCGAAUGCCCUGGCCAGCCACAAGCAGUGUGUCGUCCUUGCCAAACAAAUAAACGACAAACUGUUCGAAGCGCGGGAGACAGGCAACAUGGGAACCGUGUACCUCGCGAUGGGGGACUUUGACAAUGGCAUUGAAUGUCACAAGCAGCACUUGGAGAUUGCGAAGGAGUGUCAGAACAAAGAAGAGGAGGCGAGAGCAUACAGUAACCUUGGGAGUUCGUAUCACUACAAAAGGAACUUUGACCAGGCAAUGACGCAUCACAACCGUGUGCUGGAAAUAGCAGCGGAAAUUGAGGAGAAGUCGUUUGAGGCCAGAGCGUAUGCUGGACUUGGGCAUGCUGCUCGGUGCAUGGGCGACCACGACCGUGCCAAGCAUUGCCACGAGCAACAGUUGAACAUUGCGUUGAGUACAAAGGACAAGCAGGCAGAGGGGAGGGCUUGUUCAAACCUGGGGAUCAUCUAUCAGCUGAAGGGAGAGUUUGACACCGCGUUGAAACUCCACAAGGCCCAUCUUGCCAUAGCAUCUGAGUGCAACGACCGUGCUGGGCAAGGCAGGGCAUUCGGCAACAUGGGAAAUGCCUACAGUGCCUUAGGUCACCAGGAGCAAGGGGUCAAGUACCACCUUCAGGAGUUGACCAUCGCGAAAGCGGUCAACGACCGUGCCUCCGAGGCUAGCACGCACGGAAACUUGGCAGUAGCCUAUCAGGCGCUAAACGCAGAGGACAAAGCCUUGCAGCAUUAUCACAGUCACCUGAACAUUUCGCAGGAAAUAAAGGACAAAGCAAGCGAGGCUCGCGCGCUGAGCAACCUGGGAAACUACCACAGUACAAGGGGGGAGUUCAGUCAGGCCGUGCCAUACUACGACAAAUAUCUUAUCAUUACACAGGAGAUACAGGAUAUUGAGGGGGAGGGAAAAGCUUGCCAUAACCUCGGGUAUGCUCACUACAAGCUAGGGAACUACAAGGAAGCCGUGCACUACUAUGACCUGGACCUGGCUCUUGCCAAGGACAUGCAGGACAAGGUUGCGAUGGCCAAGGCCUACUGUAAUCUUGGUCUUGCUCACAAGGCGCUGGGAAAUGUAGAAAAUGCCCUCGAGUGCCAGAAAUAUUUCCUGUCCAUAGCACACGUGCUGAAAAACGUCCAAGGGAAAUUCAGAGCGCUGGGAAACAUUGGAGAUGCCUUGAUGGCCAAACAGGACACUGAAGGUGCCGUGAAAUUCUAUGAACAGCAGUUAGUGCUGGCCAAAGAGGUUAGGAAUAAGUCCCUGGAGGCUAGUGCCUACGCAGCCAUGGGUGCUGCUCACAGACUGUUGAGGAAGUAUGAUAAAGCCUUGAACUUCCACACACAGGAGCUGAACCUGUGUCAGGAGAUAGGGGACGUGAAGGGGGAGUGUAAGGCACACGGGCACCUCGGUGCCGUCCACACCUCCCUCGGGAAGUACACAACGGCGCUCGGCUGCUACGAAGAACAGCUCGCGCGUGCGAAGGAUCUAAAAGACAGUGCCGUUGAAGCUCAGGCGUACGGUAACCUAGGAAUCACCAAGAUGAACAUGGGCUUGUUUGAAGCUGCCAUCGGCUAUUUCGAGGAGCAGCUCGCAACCCUGGAGCAGGUGAACGGCCACAGCGCCAUUCUCGACCGCGGGAGGGCGUACGGUAAUUUAGGAGACUGUUACGAGGCUCUAGGUGAUUAUGAAGAUGCCGUGAAGCAUCACGAGCAACAUCUGACCGUCGCUCUGAACUCCAACAGCCUGUUUGAUCAGGACCGAGCUUACAGGGGGCUGGGGAAUGCCCACAGGUCCAUGGGGAACCUACAGCAGGCCCUGGUGUGUUUUGAGAAAAGGCUCGUCGUGGCACACGAACUGAACAAUGCCAAGGCCAUGGGGUCUGCGUACGGUGAACUGGGGUGCCUGCACAGCACCCUGGGUAACUUUGAGCAGGCGAUAUCGUGCUUGGAGCACCAGCUGGAGAUGGCCAAACAAAUGGGCAACAAGAACCUGCAGGCUGAUGCUGCAUGUGGACUGGGUGGAGUCUACCAGCAAAUGGGUGAGUUUGAGAAGGCUCUGGAGUUCCAUCAGCUUGACCUUGAGAUCGCUGAGGAGAACGACAACCCAGCCUGCCAAGGUCGUGCCUAUGGCAACCUGGGAGUUACCCAUGAAUCACUGGGCAACUUCCAGAAGGCCAUCUUCUUCCAGGAGCAACAUCUAAGCAUUGCUGCUCAGAUGAACGACCAAGUUGCGAAGUGCCUGGCGUACGGCAGCCUGGGGCGCACGCACCACGCCCUGGGGAACUACUCGCAGGCCAUCACGUACCUGCAGCAGGGGCUGGGCAUCGCAGAACAGCUGGGCAGGAGGGAGGACGAGGCCAGAAUCAGAUACAGACUUGGUCUGGCCCUGUGGUCACACCAGGAGUUAGAGGAGUCCCAGCAUCAGCUGUACAAGGCUGCUGCCCAGUUUGAGACCAUCCGGAGAGACUCCCUCCUCAGUAGUGACUACAAGCUCAACAUGUUUGACAUGCAGACAGCCUGUUACCAGGCCUUACAAAGAGUAUUGGUCAGCCUGGGCAGACAGGAGGAAGCUCUCGCCAUCGCCGAGCGCGGCCGUACGCGAGCUUUCAUUGACUUGUUGAUGGAGAGGCAGGGCUCGGAGACGGGGAGCGUCAUGGACACAUCCCCGGUAACAGUGGAACAGAUCAUCGCUGCGGUGGACAAACAGAAGGCUGCUGUGCUGUACUACUCCAUAGCUGUGGGAUACCUCUACAGCUGGCUCAUCAUGCCACAGAAAGGAGUGGUAAAGUUCCACGAGUGUAACAUGAACGAACUGAACAGUCACCUGCCGUCGGAGAGGGAGUCUCCCCUGUCAGCCAUGUCUGAGAAGGACAACGUGUCUGUAGCCAUGUCAACAUCAGUGUUGGACCAGUACGUGUCUCAUGUACGGGAGGCCCUGGGAGUGGAGACAAGCAUCCCAAGGUCUUCCAGUGAGACAGAGAGUGAUGCUGAAGAGAUGAGCAUGCACUCCAACAGUACCUUCUUGAGGCUGAUCAACCGUAACCAUGUCUUCAACAAGAGCACCACCAGUAUGAACUCCCUACUCAGCCAGUUCUCCGGGCUGUCGGCCGGCAGCAUUCGCACGGCCAGCAUCGGAACCGGAGGUGGCAGGAGACGGAGACCCUGGUCAGGAAAACCGCCCUUACGUGCUCUGUACGAUCUCCUGAUUUCACCCAUGGAGGACGUGCUACCCAGAAUGAACGGACCGAAGUCCCCUGCGGGACAGCUGGUGUUGGUGCUGGAUGGAGAUCUGUACCUCGUGCCUUUUGCUGUCUUGAAAGGGAGCUCUAGCAAUGAGUGCCUGUAUGAGAGAUAUGGUCUCGUGGUCACACCGUCCAUUCAGGCACUCAGCAUGAACCAGCAAGGACACCCACAGUCAAGGCCCUCUGACGUGCUACCAGGUUUGGUUCUAGGGAACCCCAAGCUGCCUCCAUCCGUGUUAGAGAGAUGGUCAUAUGACCCACUUCCCGCUGCGGAACAAGAGUCAAGGAUCAUUUCAGAGAUGCUGGGAGUCAAACCCUUACUGGGUCCCAUGGCAACCAAAGAAUCUGUCAUGGAGAUCAUCUCCAGUGCAGAGUGUGUCCACUUCUCCACUCACGUCAACUGGAGACUGUCUGCGAUCGUACUCUCACCCGGGGAGCCCAGAAGUCCUCCUGGUUACCGUGGCAAUGGUAACCAUGCCAUUCACAAUAGUCCUGAACAGAUGGACCUGAACCAUGACCUUCACAAUGACAGUGACCUUGAAAGCACCACAGAUGCCCCGUCCUUGUCUGACUUCCUCCUGACAGCAGCAGACAUCCUGAACCUGAAGCUCUGUGCCAAACUGGUUGUGAUCAGCUGUCAUCACCAGGAGUCCCACAGUCGCAUCACUGCCGAUGGCGUGGUGGGCCUGACGCGGGCGUUCCUGGCCGCGGGCGCCCAGUGUGCCCUGGUGUCCCUGUGGCCGGUGCCUGACCUGGCCUGCUGCUUGUUCAUGAAGGCGUUCUAUGGUGGAAUGAUGCAGGGACUGAUGGCCAGCGAGGCCAUGUGUGAAGCAAUGAGAGUGGUACAAAACACCAAGCCCUUCUCCCACCCCUCCAACUGGGCCGGCUUCAUGCUGGUGGGCUGCGAUGUGAAGCUGAGCAGCAAGGCGGCGCUCAUGGGCCAGGCGCUGGGGGAGCUCCUGCAGACUCCAGACAGAGCACGGAACGCAAUGAGGGUUCUACUUCACCUGGUGGAGAAGUCCUUACAAAGAAUCCACCAUGGCCCCCACAACUCCAUGUACACCACACAGCAGAGUAUUGAGAACAAGGUGGGGCCUGUCCGGGGAUGGAAGAACCUCCUGAUAUCUGUGGGCUUCCACUUCGAGUCAGCGGCCAAUGGGCUGCCACCAAGUGUCUUCUUCCCAUUGGCUGACCCAGGGGAUAGACUGACACAGUGCAGUACUAGUCUGCAAGCAUUGCUUGGUUUACCACCAAACUCUCUGGCUGCCCUCUCCAAACUUGUGUCAGCUCCAGAGGCAGGCGAAGCUCUCAUCAAACUGCUCCAGUCAGUCCUGUCACAACUGACCACCAAAGACAGCGUCCAGGUCCCCAUCAAUGUACGGCUCUGGAGGGUGGGGGGCUGCCAUGAACUGCUGGCCUCGAUUGGUUUUGAUUUGAUGGAAGUUGGGAAGGAUGAGGUGACCAUGAGGACAGGCAAACAUGCCAACAAGAGGAACCUCCAGUUUGCUCUGUCUGCACUCCUGGCCAUCUUUGACACAUCAGAGGCUCCAAAGAGCCUGACCCUGGGCAGUUCAUCAUCCUUGGAGAGCUUGUCGUCAUCCCAGUCGAGUACAUCGGUCCCUGCCAUCCCAAAGAGAUCAGAGGGACUUUCCCCGACCCCCCAGGUGGAGGGAGGGGACCAGAGGAGACUGAGCUGGGCCUCUCUCUACAGUGUCUCCUCCUAUGGCAUUCCCAGCAUGGACAGCCAUGCCGACCGAACUCCCAGCCAGACCAACAGCAGUGAGACACCCUCCAGGCUUCCCCAGUGGCCUCCUGCAUCUGUACGACCACAGGAGUACGACCUGAAAUCCAGCCUUAUAGAAACUGACAUGGCACGUGCAUCGCCUGAAGCGGCAGUGUCAGAUAGGCUACCAAAUGGUGGGAAUUCCCCGCAAUUUGGGGAGACACCCAAGAGUACAGCUUCCCAUGUGAGGCAUCUUCCAUCUGACAUGACAUCGACGCCGCUCGCAAAAUCUCGUCUGGAGGCAGAGAGAGACUCUCCCAUAAACAAACCUUCUCCACAGACAUCAGUGGUAGAUACAACAGUAAAUGACCAAAGAGUUUCAGGAAACAAAGAGUCAUCAGAAACAGAUUCCCCAGUGACGUCAGGAAAGAAGGAUGUAAACCCCCCCACCCCACCGAGAAGACGGUCGCGUCCCCACGGUCGCAAAAGCCUGUUUGAAAUGGGCCCUACCCAGGGGUACUUCCCGGAAGUUGGCCCUGGCUUUCCCAAAAGGGACUCUGAUUCGUUAAGCAUCAAUUCUUCUCAGGCCAACGAAGAUGGGGACAAGCCCUCAUGGAAUCUGCGUGCCUCGGGAAGUAGCAAACACUCGACGGCUUCAACGACUUCAUCGUCAACUCUUGUGGAAGACUCUCGAGCAGGAGGCGAUGUUCAGAUUUCCCCUGCUCCCAGCCCGACACCUUCUCCUGUUGGAGAGAAACAGACUCCCCAGGGAGCGGGAGAGGGAAGCGUAUCACUAGCAGAGAAGGUCCUGCAGGAUGUGGAAACCUACAGACUUGCCGUGGAGAAAAUGCAGAGAAUAUCCAAGUUCGAGACUCAGCAGAAGCUGCUGGCCCAGCAGAUGAUGGGAAGGAGAGAGGCUGCGAUGAACCAGAGGAGACAGCCCAGUCAGAAGCCCACCCCUCCUCCGAGGAAAUCGUCCUCACUCUCUGACAACUCUCCGCCUCAGAUUCCUCCUAAACCAGACAUACCCCCCAAACCUUCGCCCCUGAGGACGGAAUCUCCUCUUUAUGACAACAUCAGUAGAAGCAGUCGUCCGUCUGACCUCUCCGACUCUAACGUGUCCAGUAGUGGAGAGGAUGGGUCAUCGACCCCUACCAGACGUAUGAUGAAGUACCCGAGCUCUCCGUACUCGUGCCACAUCGUGGACAGGAGCCCUCGAAGAACUCCGGAAAUCACCGCAAAGACGGUUGACGUGGACAAAAAUUCUAGCAAAUCCAGCAAACAUUCCUCUAGGUCUCACAGAUCAGAGGGAGGGAAGCAUGAGAGACGGUCGCACAGGUCAAAGGAAGACAGGAAGGCCCCAUCAGAAGAGACUCGUUCCAAACCACCAGCGGAAAGCGUUGUAUCGCCUGCUACGCCAGCAUACAUCAAACCAAGGCCUCCCGCGACAAACAGCUUACCGAAUCAGAGUCCAGCAUUCGCAAAGCUUCGGCAAUAUUUUUCCUCUCCUCCAGACAAAAUGAAACCUCCCAACAAGGGGAAACCAAAGGAGGCAAUAGAAAUGGACAAUAUGGCCAAUCCUCCGGCAAAUAAACCUACAGCACCAGACAGUCCCACAAACUCCAUACGAUCAAGGGGAAGUCAGCAUUCCAAUGGACCUGUGAGCACCUCCAGGUCAAAACCACUCCCACCAUACCCGGGACCCCCCAGAAUGGGCAUCGGCCCUCCUCCUUACCCAGGCUCACCUCGUUCUAGCCUGUCCUCCAACCCCCCAUCAACCUCCAGCUCACCUCGUUCCAGCAUCGCUCCCCCAGCUUACUCCCAUCCUGCCACUCCUACUGCACCAGCAGCCCACACAAACUCACCACACAGCAAGGUGGUCCCCAACACCAACCCCAGCCGCCCAACUCCAACCGGUAGUGCAUCUAGCUCCCGGAGACCAUCCCAACAGUCAGUAGAGGACAAGAUACGCGAGGAAACCAUGCUGGCAGCAGCACAGGUGGACAUGCUCAUCGCAGAAGAGCAGAGACGAUCUUCCAUGGCCAAUGGGUCGGUUCCAAGUGGUGCAAAUACAAGUAGUCCUAAAAAAGUCCCGGGCUCGCCUGGAUCCAAAAUUGUGAAAAUUCCACCAAGCAAACCAAACGGACCUUUAAGGAUGGUUUACUUGGAAAAUGGCACAAGGAUUAUCCCUAAUGAAAAACUACUCCAGUCUUCAAAGUGCUGACAAAGGACACAGACUCAAAUACAACAUGACUUUUACAUGCAAUACAGGGUAAAAACAUGUAUCACAGGGCUGUUUUAGGAAAAUGAGAAACUAAGAGAGGUACUUUGAAAUCAGUUGGGGAAUAGAUAGGAAUUCAUUUACUAUAGAUAAAGCCAAUAGGGGCAGUCACAGUCAUUUCAAGCCAAUGUAAACCAUGACUAUUGCUACAAAAAAUAUUUUUUGACACAGUCCUUGACAGUUCAGAUUUAUCACUAUUUGAAAUCCAUGACGUUCACCAAAAAUUCAUGCAACACCUAAUGCAGCAUUUGGUCAUUUUGUUGAAUUAUGACAUGGGCUUUGGCUUUGUCCCUUUGGUGUUGCCAAAAUGUAUAGGUAGUUAAUUGUUGGUGCCCGAAAAUGUCACUGUCUGAAAAAGACUGGUGUUUUGUUAUACAAAAAUGUAUUGUUCGGUGGGGAACGAUUGGCUAUCCUUGAUAACAAAAGGAUAAGGUGUCGUAAUUGUUUCCAAUGAUACUGAGUAUAUACUAGGUGAUUUUGUUUCAAGAUGUGCCUUGGUUAGGUGAACUUUGAUACCCACAGGUAGAUCAUGAAAGGAUCAUUUCCUUGGCAAAGUAUACAAAGGUGAAUGUAGUUAGGUUUAGGUACAAAGAAUCGUGUGUCUACUGAGUGGUAGUAGGACAAUUUAACAAUUUUUAAUCACAGUAUUUGAUACAAUAAUGAUUAUCAUAGCUAUGGAAGUUUGUAAUUUAUACAGUUAUGUGGGAGAUAAUGAUGGUAGAUAUCACAUAUUUGUACCUUUUUUGUUAUAAAGCAUUUGUGCACUUGUAAAUAUGCCUCUUUUGCUUGAAAAUUCACUGCUUGAAAGUGGGCAAAUUGUUAUUUUGCAAAUGUUUUCAUGAUUUUGUGCAUAAAUUGUGCCUGUAAGAUAUGAUAUUUAUUUGUCUAUGUAGCUAAGCUUUGGAUCCUAUUGUGUGUUGCAAAUUGUUUUAAAGAGUGUAAGUCAUUGGGGCGAGUGCUGGUUUGAUUCUCGUCAAUGCAAAUUGUAAUAAAAAUGUUUAUUACUGUU